UUCCCAAAGGGUUUCAAGAAAACAUUAGCUUUGGAGGAUAUAUAUAAAGCCGAGAAGAUUGAAAGAGUGUGUUUGUUGUUAAAGAAAGAUUUGAUUUCAAAAGGAACUACAAUCAAUCGAAAGAGGGUUUUCAAUUUUCAUGAAGCCUUAACCAAGAUAGAUUGAGGUGUUAAUUGUUACUCAUGGCUCCGACGAGGAAGUCUAGAAGUGUGAACAGGCGGUAUUCGGAUUAUGUUGAUGUUUCUCCUGGUAAAAGUGUUGCUAGUAAAUCCGGGCGGCAGAAGAGGAAGCUUUCUGACAUGUUAGGAUCUCCAUGGGUUGAUGAAGAGGUUGAGCGCUUCUAUAAAGCCUAUAGGAAAUAUGGAAAAGACUGGAAGAAGGUGGCUGCCAUGGUGCGUACUAGGAAUUCUGAAAUGGUUGAAGCGCUCUACACAAUGAAUAGGGCAUAUCUAUCCUUGCCAGAAGGAACAGCAUCUGUGGUUGGGUUCAUUGCAAUGGUGUCUGAUCAUUAUAAUGCCAUGGAAGGAAGCGAUAAUGAUAAAGAGAUCAAUGAUGUUCCAAAAUUACUUCACAAGCCUAAAAAACGUACCCACAAGUUGCUUCAGCAAAAUGGUGGGCCCGAAGAUCAAUUGCAAUCUAGGUUGGUUGGUUCAAGUGAUCGGUCUUUGCCACAACUGAAGAGAAGGGAAUCCGAUGGAUGUACUGUUCGGAAAAGAACACCGCGGUUCCCCAUUAACCAUUUAUUAAGAAGAGAUAACAAUGGAAAUCAUGUGUCACCGUACAAAAGAAGCCAAAAGAGAGAGGUGGAUGAUGUGGCACAUGGUGCUGCAUUGGCGUUAACAGAGGCUUUACAAAGAGGUGGCUCCCCACAAGUUUCUCAAUCACCAUACCGCGUGAAAACCACACCUUUGAAGGGCAGGCAAAAAAGUUUGGAUAAUGCGAGGGCAAAGCUUCACGGUAAUUUGAUUGAUGAAGAGUGUUUCGAGGGCAGUUCAGGAAGUGCGGGGGGUGAAGAAAUUUACCUGAAACGGAGCAAAUUUUAUGGACAGAAAGAUGAUAAUGAAUUUGAUGAUGGUGGGGAAGCAUGUAGCGGUACAGGAGAAGGAGUUGCUGUUGGUAUUGAGGUUGCAGAUGAAAAUAUAGAGCAAUCCUCGUCACAGGGUAAAAGAAAAAGAAACAAAAAGCUUUUCUUUAGAGAUGAACCUUCUGGCUUGGAUGCACUGCAAACAUUGGCCGACUUGUCACUGAUGAUACAAUCCGAUUCACCUGUAUUGAAAGAAGAUAAGCCACCAACGGGUCAUCGAAGACACAAAACUAAAUUGCCAGCUGACAAGAAAAUAGCGAAUGAGUAUCCAAGAUCUGAUGUGUCAAAAUCAGGAAAAUCUAAAUCAGGAAGGGAAUCAAAAGUUGAUUAUAAGGCUUUAUCUGAAGGAAAGCUGAUAGAUCAAUUUAUCAAUAAAUCAUGGAAAAGAAAAAAUAAAUUUGAGGCCGCUUUCACUGAAGAAGAAAAACGUUCAAAUAAAGUCAUAGGUGCCAAUGAAGAUAACAUCCCUUCAAAAAACAGUAAAUCUACAAGACUUGUGGAAUAUUCUUCUUCAAAUAGCAAUACAUCAAGGACAGGAGCUGCUGAUUCAGCAAUAUCUACGGGACUGCUUCCAACUUCGGACGUCGUUGAUUUGCCGUCCAAAAGACGAAAUAAGCGUAAGGUGAAUCCAAAUAGAUUACUACCAAACCAUGGGGAGAUGAAAUUGUCCAAGGUUAAACCUAAUAAAAAGACACAACCCCAAGAUAAGGUUUUGCAGGACAAGGCUUUUUGUUACCUCUCACAACCUAUGGUACGUAGAUGGUCUACCUACGAGUGGUUUUAUAGUGCAAUCGAUUACCCCUGGUUUGCUAAAAAGGAAUUCGUGGAGUACUUGCAUCAUGUUGGGUUAGGUCACAUUCCAAGACUAACCAAGGUCGAGUGGGGUGUCAUAAGGAGUUCGUUAGGGAAGCCCCGAAGAUUCUCAACGAAUUUCUUGCGUGAAGAAAGGGAUAAACUUUCGCAAUAUCGGGAAUCUGUAAGGAAACAUUACACCGAGCUUAGAAGUGGUACUAGAGAAGGACUGCCAACAGACUUGGCCCGCCCGUUGGCGGUUGGGCAACGGGUCAUUGCCAUUCAUCCAGAAUCAAGACAAGUUCAUGAUGGAAGUGUGCUAACCGUUGAUCAUGAUAAAUGCAGGGUACAGUUUGAUCGCCCUGAUUUAGGGGUUACAUUUGUCAAGGAUAUUGAUUGUAUGCCAUCAAACCUGUUGGAUAACAUGCCUGAAGCUUUGAGGAGAGAGAACAGUGCACUAUAUAGACUUUCUAUGAACUCCAGAGAGCCAAGAUCAUUAAUGUUACCUACUUUGAGUGAACCAAAUCCCCCGAUCGCCAUGAUGAAUCAACGAUUGGGACAUAAUGUGUCUGGUACAACUGUUAAAGCUGCAGAAAAUGUCAUUUCACAGCACGCGACUUAUGCUCCUCCUUCAGUCUCUCAAGUCCAGUCGAGAGAAACCGAUAUAAGUGCUCUUGCUGACCUUACUCGCGCUCUUGAUAAAAAGGAAGCAAUAUUGACCGAGCUUAAGUUUGUAAAUGACGGUUUGAUGAGUCACAAAAACAACACGGGAAUAGAUAUGAAGGUUUCUGAAAGCUUCAGAAAAGAGUACGCAAUGGUACUAUUGCAGCUCAAGGAAGCCAGUGACCAGGUUACUUAUGCUCUCCUUAAUUUGAGACAACAGAACACAUACCCAGCAAACUCUUUGCCUCCGUGGCAUAAGCACCAAUCCGGUUCUACUGGCAUUGUUAGUCCUAUGAAUCCUGCUGACAAAGUUACGCUAAAUAAUCAGUUAGCACCUAAUGUGAUUGAAAUUGUGAAUAAUUCAAGAGUUGAAGCACAUAAACUUGUACAUACUGCCAUGCAGGCAAUGUCUAAAAUAAAGGGGGAGCAAAAUUUUCAUUCAAGCAUUGCAGCGGUUUUAGAAUCUCUGGGUGUGAGGAAAAACCUCACGGAUUACAGGUCAUCAACAAUCAGACCUUCAGAGCAAGGAGCGUAUAAUAUGCACAAGUUGAAUUGCGCACCGAAUCCUUUAAUUGCAUCGGAUUCUAAGUUGCAGCGUGAAUCUGAUGAAACCGAGGCAGCAAUCCCCUUUGAGCUUAUCGUGUCAUGUGUUGCUGCAUAUCAUAUGAUACAGAUGUGUACUGAACGACAGUACCCGCCAGCCGAUGUGGUGCAGAUGCUUGAUUCGGCAUUUACGAAGUUGCAUCCACAGUGCCCUCAAAACAUGGGAAUAUUUAGAGAGAUAGAGUUGUGCAUGGGAAGAGUUAAAACUCAGAUACUUGCUCUUGUACCAUCCUAGGCAACUUCUAUAUUUCUGUUACUCUAAUAAUAAUAAUAAUAAAAUACUCAAGCCAGGUUAGUCUUAACUUGAGCUUUAGGACAUUGCCAACACUUAGCUAUUUUGUAAUAGAACAAUCUAGCAGUUUUUAAAAUAUAAGUCUUCCUGUACAA